GCUUCUGUGAGAGCCGCCGAACCCUAGAGGCCCUAGGAGAGAUUCACAGAGAGCGAUGACGACCCGAUUCAAGAAGAACCGCAAGAAGAGAGGCCACGUGAGCGCCGGUCACGGUCGUAUCGGCAAGCACCGCAAGCAUCCCGGAGGUCGCGGAAACGCCGGAGGCAUGCACCACCACCGCAUCCUGUUCGACAAGUACCACCCGGGGUAUUUCGGUAAAGUCGGUAUGAGGUACUUCCACAAGCUCCGCAACAAGUUCUACUGCCCCAUCGUCAACGUCGACAAGCUCUGGUCACUCGUCCCCCAGGAGGCCAAGGACAAGGCCACCAAGGACAACGUCCCCUUGAUCGACGUCACUCAGCAUGGAUACUUCAAGAUCCUCGGCAAGGGCAAGCUCCCGGCGGGCCACCCCGUCGUCGUCAAGGCCAAGCUCAUCUCCAAGGUCGCUGAGAAGAAGAUUAAGGAAGCCGGUGGCGCUGUCGUUCUCACCGCUUAGGUUUGGGUAGUUUUUAUUCCUGUUUCAAAGUUUAUGUUUCGUUCGUUUAGACUGCCAGGAGACAGCUAUGUUAUAUUUUUGAUUUUCGAUGAUCAGCGAAUGUUUAAUGGCUUUUCAUAUCUAUGGUAUUUGCUUAAUUAUCUAUGUUUUCUUAUUGGUGUCAUGAUUUGAUUUUGUGUUUGGUAUUGAUGGAUUCAGAUGAGUUUUG